GACCUUCAUUGCAACACCAAGAGAUACCCACCGGAUGGUCUUUAGAAAGGAAACUCAUGUUCCUGCCAGUUCACCCUUUGUAAAAGCCUUUUUUUAAUUCGGUGGACAUCGUGUCCUUCUGUACUACAUAUUCUGUGGAUUUUCUGCUUUGGUAUUUUAUUCCACUUGGAAUGACUGCUAAAGUCAAGUUUUGGAGCCUCUGGAUUUGACCUAAAAUGAGCUCUGAUUUUGUGUUGAUGGGGAACAGUUUCUCUGUAACCUUGUGGUUUCUUUAACACUCUCUCCUUGAAAAGGAACCACAUGGGGAAAACAAAUCUUUGGGCAGUCCAAGCAAGAGCCUCCUGACCUGGCAAGCAAGACUGCCCCAACCUUGAGCCAUGUACCCUAACCCUCUCAUCUACUGCACCUGCUGGGACCCUUGGAACUUGGGGCCACGAAAGCUGAUCAAGACUCCUCGGCCACCAAACAAGACUUCCCCAAGAAGAUCCAAGCUAACUCCUCUUCUACCAGUUUCAAAAGACUACAAUUACCUCCAAUCAACCACAAAACCUGUUGUCACCCCAAAAAUGAAAACCCAGCCAGGACAGCAAGAGGAGAGCAAUAAAUUACCAAAUGAAGUGAUCAACGUGUCACCUGGCUAUAAGCUCAUUCGGAAUCGGGAGCAGAUAUCCGUCACCCUGGGAGAGGAAAUGUUUGGUGACAAAAAGCAGUUGGAAUCAAAGAUAAAAGACAAAGUUAAAAUGUCCAGGACCAACAUCAUUUCUGACCUAGAAGAGCAGAUCUCAGAGCUGACAGCAAUAAUAGAACAAAUGAACAGGGACCACCAGUCUGCCCAAAAGUUGCUUUCCAAUGAAAUGGAUCUCCACUGUGCUGAGAUGCAGCAGAACUUUGAAAGCAAGAGCAGGGAGCUCAAAGAGGCUCACGAAGCGGAGCUCAGUAAGAUGGAGAACGAAUAUAAAGCCGCCUUGAAAGCAGAGAAGCUGGCCGCCCAAGAGAAGCUAGAUGAGAUGGGGAAGGAAUACAAGUAUCUGAAGAAUAUGUUUCACAUGUAUCAGGACAGCAUUUAUGAUGAAAUGGAAGAUAAGUGGUCAAAGCGAAAGGCAGAAUGGGAGAAGGAUGAGAAGUUGGAGCGGGAAAAGAUUCUUCUACAGCAAAAACAUAGGAUAACAAAGAAGUUCGAGUUGGAGUCAGAGGAAGAAAAGAAGAGAAUAAACGAAUCCUACAAUGCUGUCUUUGAGAACUUCAUCCGAGAAAAGGAGGAGCUCAUGAAACAACAUGAAAGUGACACCUUGCAGUUAGAGGAGCUGAGAAAGACCAAAAAGGUCAUAGAGGAGGAGGUACGUGCACAAGCUCUUAUGCUAGAAUCACUUAACACAAACCUCUACCAAACCCAGAUGGAACUCCAGAGAGAGAAAGCCGUCGUAGGGAACAUGGAGAAAACGCUCCAGACCAAGCUUGCUGAAGCUGAAGACAAAUAUAAGUACACCAUACAGAUCCUGACAGAAGAAAACAUUCAUCUGAGGCAAAAGAUAAUUGCCAAGAAUGAAGAAAUUUAUGAAGAACGGUCUGGGAAAUUAACCUGUACCACUGUCUAUAAAAAUGAUCCUGACAUUUUAGAAGAUGGUAGCAACAAAGGACAAGAACCAUAAACAAGAAGGUGUUCUCUAUUGCUGCAGAUG